AUGAUCAUUUUGUUCAUCAAUGUGUUCUCCCUAUACCCCUUUACUGCACUCCUGUAUGAAUUUUCCUCGUCUGCUGUUGAGACACAGCCUCAGCCAUGUUUCUCAAGUUCUCAGCUUCGUAACUUGAUCCUGUUUUCCUUUUCCCAUUCUGUUCUUAUGUAUAUAGCGGCCCCAAUUGCUGAAUCACGCGAAUCCUUGUGGGACAAGGUGAAGUAUGGCGUUCGGUUGAUUGCGGACAAUAUCAUUGAUGAUUAUGAUUUUUUUCUCAAAGCGGACGAUGACACGUACAUGAUCAUGGAGAAUGUGCGUAAAAUGUUGGAUGGUCUUGACCCGGAAGAACCGUUUAUCACCGGUCGUCGAUUCAAAGUAAUGAACUUUAUAUUCACUGAAAAAACCGUUGUGGAACAAAGACAAGAAAACAAUAAAAUCGAAAGAAAGGAAAACCCACUGCUCUCCUUGGCCAAGUUAAAUUACAUUUUAGAAUGCAAGUGUGGACGCUCGGCAAUCUUCACAGGCAGAGAAGAGAGACAGUUAGGUCACAGAAUGGCCUAUGAUAUCCUGGUGUGGUCUAAGAAAACGAAACGUUUUGAAAACACAGUUGAAAGAUUUUGA